AUGGUGUUUCCUUACAUAGAUAUUGUCUCCAAGGCCUUAGUGGUAGUAAUUACCAGCCUCUGGUUGCUCAGUCUAAGUACUAAAGCUGCUGCUCCUAAUUAUCUCUAUAAUUUUUGUGGCAAUGACACAACCAUUUACUCUCGUAAUAGCACCUUUAAAUCCAAUCUCAAUCUCUUCCUCUCUAAUCUUUCUUCUAACAAUACACCCAACAACUUGUUUUAUAAUGCAACUGCUGGCCCUGGUCCCCCAGGUGCGGCUUAUGGCCUGUUUCUCUGUCGAGGUGAUGUUACCAUUAAUGUUUGCCAUGAUUGUGUGGUGACUGCCAGUCAAGAGAUAGUCAAGAAUUGUCCCAAUGAGACAGUGGCCUAUAUUUGGUAUGAUGAGUGCAUGCUACGUUAUGAUAACAGGUCUUUUUUCGGGACCGUGGAUGAAUCACCUAAGGUGUCUAUGUUGAAUACGGAGAAUAUCGCAGAAAAAGAUCGGUUUGCAAAGGUGGUGGGAGAUACUCUAGAUGAAUUAGUAAAUCAGGCUUCGAGCAAUCGAUCUUUAAAUGAUCAAUAUGUCAAGAAGUUUGCAACGGGAGAUGUUAACUUCACAAGUCGUCAGAGACUAUACAGCCUAGUGCAGUGCACACUAGAUUUAUCCGGGGCUGAUUGUAAGCGGUGUCUUCAGGUGGCUAUUGAUAAUCUGUGAAUAUGCUGCAACGGAAAGUAAGGUGGGAGAGUUUUGCAACCAAGUUGUAAUAUUAGAUACGAGAUAUACCCAUUCUAUGGACUCAAAGCCACAACUCCAUCACCUUCA